GUUAGGGCAACACAAAAUGGCGUCCGAAACAACUAAUCGAGGGACGCGAAGAGUACUUUUAAAACUUGAAAAGUUAAUUCAAGAUAAUAGUUACUACGAAGCACAUCAGAUGAUAAGGACUUUGUAUUUCAGAUAUAUGAGUAUGUCAAAACAUGACGAUGCACUGACGCUGGUGUACGAUGGAUCGGCGAUGUUACUGAAAGAUGAUCAGGAGGAAAGUGGUCUGGAUUUAUGCUUACUGAUGUUAAAAUAUUUUGAAGAAGUGGAUAGGCCUAUUGACCAUGAUGCUUUAGACAAAGUCAGUAAUCAAUUUCAACUUUUCAAAUCUUGCUCUCCAAACAGACGAACAUUCAUUGAUGCAGCUUUGAGUUGGACAGCUAGAAAAGACACAGAGUACCCUUUUGGUCAUCCUAGACUGAAUCUUUUGUGUGCAGAAACAUAUUGGAAAGAGCAUAACUAUGCUGAUGCUCAGUCUCACUUUCUACAUGCAAACAAUGGAAAACAAUGUGCUAUCAUGUUGGUUGAAUAUGCUGUAACUUGUGGCUAUCCAAGUGAGGCAGACCUUUUUGUUACACAAGCUGUUUUACAAUUUUUAUGUUUGAAACAUUCAACAACAGCCCAUUGUGUGUUUUUACAAUACACUAAUCAUCAUCCAGACUUUACUGGAAGGGGACCUCCAUUUGAAAAACCACUGCUUAACUUUCUGUGGAUAUUAUUGGUCAUCAUUGAUAGAAAAGGAACUAUCAAUCAAUUUACAGUUCUCUGUGAAAAAUACCAUCCAUCCUUAAAUCGUGACCCUAAUUAUCUCUCGUAUCUUGACAAGAUCGGACAAGUAUUCUUUGGUUUGACUCCAAAGACCAAGGAACCAUCAAUGAAUAAUUUCUUAGGGGAAUUACUUCAAACACUAUCAUCGGAUGUCACCAAUGAGCCUGUGAUAUCAACUGUUGAAUGGAAGAAUGAUGAUCUUGACUAAAGCAACCAUGGAAUUAAAAUACCUCACACAAUUAUGGUUUUGUUUAUCAGUACCUGAUGGUCAUGAAAUGAAAAAUCCAGAUGACCAAUUUUUGAUAUAUCAGUUAUCAAGCAAAUGGAAAUUCUAAUUUAAGAAUGCACAUUUAACUAUGUUGUCAUUUGUAAAGUUUAUAAAGUAAUUGUAAAUCAAAAAACGUUAAUUUAGAAAAAUGCAAA